AUGGCUGCCAUGUUGAAAAGACCUGCCACCGGUCUGUCUGCUCAUGGGACGGCCUGGUGGAGAGUUUUCGUCUCCAAUGCAGCCCCUCCCAAGAGCAAAGCAGGCCACAGCCCCGGCCGGAAGCAUUCCAAGAAAGCAGAAUCUUCCAAGGUUUCCAAACUCAUCCGGCUCAAGUCCAGCUCGAUCUCAGUGGCACCCAUUGACAGAUUUAAAGACUGUGAAUGUUACGGCCACUCCACCCGCUGCAGCUUCAUUGACUUCCUGAACCUGGUGACCUGCAUCAGCUGCAAACACAACACACGGGGCCAGCAUUGCCAGCAUUGCCGGCUGGGCUAUUUCCGGAACAGCUCUGCAGAACUCGACGAUGAGAACGUCUGCAUAGAUUGCAAUUGCAACCGAAUUGGCUCCUUGGCCAACCGCUGCAACGAGACCGGCUACUGCGUCUGCAAGGAAGGUGUCACAGGGCCCAAAUGUGACGACUGUUUGCCCAGCUACUACUGGAGACAAGGCUGCUUCCCAAACGUCUGCGAUGACGAACUCCUGCUGUGCCAGAACGGGGGCACCUGCUACGAGAACCAGCGCUGCCUCUGCCCGCAGGGCUUCAAGGGGGUCCUCUGCGAGCAAGCCAAAUGCGAAGGGGACAGCAAGGACUGCAACGGGGCCUCCAGCACCGUCCUCAGCCCCGCCGCCUUCCUCCUCAGCUCUCUGGUCUUGCAGCUUCGACAUUGGGGGAACCUUUGAAACCUGCCAGCAGGAGAGCCCGAGAGGAACGGAACAACUCCAAAGAGGACCUGGAGGAAAAGGGGAGGGGGGGGACACACGCUUCCAGGGUCCUCAUGCUGCCGCUGGCUCCACCCCCGCCACCCUCUCUUUUCCUAGCUCACAGAAAACAGCAAGAAGGAAACAGGCUGCUGAGUCUUCUACGACCCGAGUUGCCGAGGACCCUACUGGAUGUGACUGUUGUGCCACAGCCUAUCGAGGACAGAGCAACCGGCCCCAAGUAGGGGGGGGACAAAGAACGCACGUUGCUUCCUCCUUCUAAGUGGCGACUAUUUCUCCACUUCACACGCGGGGUGAGGAAGCCUGGGACUUCGGGUCUCUGCGGUUUCCUCGUCCUCUCUUUUCCUUUCCUCCUUCAGUCUGUUGUUUUGGAAGAACCCCUCUGAUGAGAAUCCGGCAGCUAAGGAAGCCAGGAGGACGGGCGAGACUCUUUUUCCACCUGGCCGCGCCGGUCCACUCUAGCUAGCCCAGACGUAAAACUAUAUCGUUGCCUACAAAUCCGGUUGCUGAAUUUGUUAAGUUUUCUACUUUUUAUCCUUUGGUUGCAAGAUUCCAGUUUUCUGUUUCUUGCCUUUGAGACCGGAGGAAAGGGGGCCGCUCUGUAUCGCGCCAACAUGUAAUGUGUUAUCCAGGCUUUGCCAUAUAGUUUACGGUUCAGACACUUUUUUUGUAGAGAAUUAUUUUUGUUUGGAUUAUAAAUGUUCUAAAGGAAAAAAAAAAGAUUAACGAUCACAGCCUCUAGAGAGAGAUUUUGCCAUAAGCACUAUGGUGUAAUAAUCCUACUACAGUAAAGCAAAUUAUUAAUUGCU